AUGCCAUCCUUCAAAAAGUUCGACUUGAACAAGCAGAGUGUCGAGGUCCCCGGCACCCGCACCCCCGGAGCCACUGGCCACUACAGACACGCCGGGUUUGCGGACGAACUGGUCGACAACAUCCGCGCCGACCCCACAGUCAAGACCCUCUACGACCUCUUCCAGAGCUCAUUGGUAAAGUUCCAAGACAAGGACAUGCUCGGUUCUCGCAACUAUGACCCGGUGACAAAGUCCUGGAGCGGAUACAACUGGCAGUCAUACCGCCAGGUCGACCAGCGCACCAACGCCUUUGGAAGCGGUGUCAUGCACAUCAACGAGGCAGUCCUCGGCGGCACCCAGUUGAACCGCUGGUCCCUUGGUAUCUGGUCUCUCAACCGUCCUGAAUGGUUCAUCUCGGAGAUGAUCUGUAACUACUACAACCUCGUCUCGGUCCCCCUCUACGAGACUCUCGGACCAGACGCGGUUGAGUAUGUCAUGAACCACGCCGAGAUCAAGAUCGCCGUCGUCAGUGGCAACCACGUCGCAUCACUGUUGGAGAUGUCAGACAAGUUGCCUCACCUCAGGGCCAUCAUCAGCAUGGACUCGCUUGCUGAGGGCGCCCCUGCCCCUGGUGUCUCCUCUGCUUCUUCGAUCCUCCGUGCCUGGAGCAACGACAGGGGUAUCAAGAUCUAUGACUUCCAGCAGGUCGAGGCCCUUGGCCGUGAAUACCCUCGUCGCCAUAUCCCUCCCCAGCCCGAAGAAGCACAUAUUAUGGGACGUGUGAUCGACACCAACUCUGCGUACUCUGGCUGCAGAAUCGGAUACUUCCGCGGAGACUUGUUGUUGUUGAUGGAUGAUAUCGUCGAACUCAAGCCCACCUUCUUCCCCACGGUUCCCCGCCUGCUCAACCGCAUCUACGCCAAGGUCGUCGCUUCGACCGUUGAUGCCCCCGGAUUGGUCGGCAAGCUCGCUCGUCGCGGUGUUGCUACAAAGUUGGCCAACUUGGAGGCAGGAAAGGGCGUUACCCACCCUCUGUGGGACCGUCUUUUGUUCAACAAGGUCAAAAUGGCCCUUGGAGGAAACGUCCAGGCGAUCUUGACGGGAUCUGCUCCUAUUGCUAAGGAGGUCUUGAACUUUUUGCGUAUCGCCUUUGGAUGUACUAUCCUUGAGGGUUAUGGAGCCACCGAGGGCAUGGCCACCGCCACUAUCACCAUGGCCGACGAGCACCAGUCUGGAAUCGUCGGAUGCCCUCGUGCAGGAGUGGAGCUCAAGUUGGCGGAUGUCCCCGAGAUGAACUACUUUGCGACGGACAAGCCCUUCCCCCGAGGCGAGAUCAUGAUCCGUGGAGCGACUGUUUUCAAGGGUUACUACAAGGACGAGAAGAACACGCUUGAUACUAUCGACAAUGAGGGUUGGCUCAAGUCUGGCGAUAUUGGAUUCAUCGAUAACCGUGGGUGCCUUACUAUUAUCGAUCGCAAAAAGAACAUCUUCAAGCUGGCGCAAGGAGAAUACAUUGCACCAGAAAAGAUCGAAAACGUCCUCCAGUCAAGAUGCAACCUCGUCAUGCAGAUCUACGUCCACGGUGACUCUCUCGAAUCAACCCUCGUCUGCAUCGCCAUCCCGGACCCCGAAACCUUCCUCCCCUUCGCCAACUCCAUCGCAGGCACAAAAGUAACCAUGGCUGACGGCAAAGGACUCGCCAAAUUACUCAAAGACCCCAAGGUCAAGACUGCAUACUUGAAGGAGCUCGAGAAGGCGGGUCAGGCUGGUGGGCUGAGAGGGUUUGAGAUUGUGAAGAGGGUUCAUUUGUCGAUGGAUAUGUUCUCUGUUGAAAAUAAUAUGAUGACGCCUACUUCCAAGGUGCGCCGUCCACAGGUCAAGGAGUACUUUUUGGAGGACAUUAAGGGAAUGUAUGAGGAUAUUCAUUCCACCACCGUCGUCGCCAAGCUGUAA